GAUAAUGGGGGACGCGCGAUACUUCAGUUCGUCGAAACGCGGGGAAAUACACGAGUUGAAAGAAGAACUCAAUAGUCCUAAUAAGGAGAAGAAAAAAGAGGCUAUUAAGAAGGUUAUAGCGGCUAUGACUGUUGGGAAGGACGUCUCGGCGUUGUUCCCAGACGUGGUGAACUGUAUGCAAGCACAGACUAUUGAAGUUAAGAAAUUAGUUUACUUGUAUGUGAUCAACUACGCGAAGAGUCAGCAUGAGCUUGCUAUACUAGCAGUGAAUACAUUUCGGAAGGACACUAUGGACCCGAACCCCCUCAUACGGGCGUUAGCAGUCCGAACGAUGGGUAGCAUCAAACUGGAACAAAUGACAGAGUAUCUACUAGAGCCGUUGAGAAGGUGCUGUAAGGAUCAGGAUCCCUAUGUCCGGAAAACUGCAGCAAUUUGUAUUGCCAAGUUUUUUGAAAUUUCACCCGAUAUGGUGGAGGAUCAAGGCUUUGUAGCUGUUCUCAAGGACAUGCUCAGUGACGCUAACCCUAUGGUCGUUUCCAACGCUGUUAUCGCAUUAUCUGAGAUGCAACAGCAGUCGGGCAAGCGAAUGAUGCCUUUGGACGAGAAGACGGUAUCCAAUUUGUUAUUGGCGUUGAACGAAUGUACGGAAUGGGCUCAGGUUAUUAUACUGGAUGCUAUCACUAUGUAUCAGCCUAAGGAUAGUAGGCAGGCUAAGGAGAUGAUAGAGCGAGUGUCGGCGAGACUGAGUCAUGUUAACUCGGCUGUGGUUCUAUCGGCUAUCAAAGUGAUUAUGAAAAUGAUGGAUAAACUGAACAACACGGAUAUGAUCAGAGUUAUGUGCCGUAGGCUGUCGGCCCCUCUGGUCACACUCCUUUCCCAGGAGCCGGAAAUACAGUACAUUGCUCUGCGUGAUAUCAGACUGAUUGUGCAAAAAAGGCCGAUAGUACUCCAAGGGGAGGUCAAGGUCUUCUUUUGCAAGUAUAAUGAUCCUAUUUAUGUUAAAAUGGAGAAGUUGGAUGUGAUGGUGAUGUUGGCGAAUGAACGGAAUGUUGAUGUGGUGGUAGCAGAGCUUGUGGAUUAUGCUAAUGAGGUUGACCUGGAGUUUGCAUGCAAGGCAGUAUCUUCUAUAGGCCGAAUAGCACUGAAGUUGGAGGCAGCGGCGGAUGUAUGUGUGAAUGCCAUCCUAGAGCUUAUUGAGCACCGUGCUGACUAUGUCCUACAAGAGUCUGUUGUCUCUAUGCGAGACGUCUUUAGGAAAUACCCUGGAAAGUACGAGUUUGUUAUUGGCCCACUGUGCGAGAAUUUGGAGUCUCUGGCUAAGCCCGAGGCGAAAGAAGCGAUUAUUUGGAUACUGGGAGAAUAUCCGGAUAGGAUCGAGAAUGCUGGUGACCUCUUAUAUUCCUUCCUGGACGGCUUCUUCAGCGAGACGUAUGCAGUACAACAAGAGUUACUAACGGCUGCUAUAAAGUUCUUCCUCAAGGAGCCUACCAAGACUAAUCAGGACAUUGUGUCAAAGGUCCUUAAAGCUUGUACCAACUCCUCGUCCAAUCCUGAUCUGCGGGAUAGGGGUUACAUGUACUGGCGUAUGCUAUCUAUGGGAGAUCUGGAGAAGUGUAAGAAGAUUGUAGUAGCACCUUUACCUAGGAUAAGUGAUACCUCCCUCCUCGUGGAAUCGGGUCUUCUGGAGACCCUUCUUGGCACGAUUGGUCAACUGUCGUCGAUUUACUUCAUAGCCCCUGAUGAGCUGAUAGAGGGCACCAAGCAGUAUGAGGAGAUGGAGGAUUAUUAUGCUGAUGCAAGCAGUGUGGAAGAUCGAAAUCAGAAUAUUAAGGCGGUGAAAGCAGCCAUGGCGAGCCCGCGGAAUUAUGAUGAGCGCACUACAGACCUGGACUCGGGUAGUGAGGAGAGCAGCAGUAGUAGUGAAGAUGAAGAUGAUGAUGACGAAAGUAGCGAUAGUGAUGAGGAGACUCCUACUGCUGCUGUGUCGGCGGCGGCGGCUGCUGUUACUCCUGAUUUACCGAUACAGAGGUUCAUGGUCCAUCCAGAGGACCAGAGGGGAGGUAAUGGUCAUACUGGCCUUAAGGUGGCUGCUGGAGUCGGCUUUGUUAAGGGGGUGUUGUGCAUGGAACUAUUGAUUGGGAAUUCUGGAAGUACACCGUUAACUGGCUUUGCUAUACAGUGUAACAAGAACGCCUUUGGAUUGGCACCUAAGUCAACGCAGAUAGCGGGAAUGCCUGAUGUACUUGAGCCUGGAAGUAAUGUUAGUGUGAGAGUAGCAUUGGAGCCGAAUAAGCUGAACUCGGGCACUCCCCCACCGAACCAUCCUCCACUGCUACUUCAAACAGCGAUCAAAACCAAUGUGGAUAUUUUUUACAUGAACGUUCCGUUCACCCUAUAUGUAGUAUGCGAGCCCAAGCAGUUGAUCAAUGCGGAGCAGUUCCUGAGUUUGUGGCAACGCUGUGGUGCGGAUCGUCAGACUAGUCGUAUGGCAACGCCUUCACAGCCGCUGAACCCUGAGAUGGUGAUAGCCCGUUUGAGGCAAGGAAAUUUGUUCCAUGUAAAUACUAGACUAUCUAAGGAUGGAGCAUCGGCAGCGCUUUACUUUGGUGCAUGCCUUACGAACCGGCUAGUUGUCUUAUUGGAAUUGGUAAUCACUCGAACACUACCGCAGAAGGUUAUGGUUAAUGUGCGAACGGAGACCCCACCACUGGUGAAUCAUAUGCAUUACCUUAUCGAGUCGCUACUGCAGUUGAAGCCCGCGCCGAAGCAGUAGCAAUAGCAGCAGCUGAUACAUUCGAGUGUUCAGAGUUGGAGGAUUGUGAUACUAUCAAC